AUGUAUACUCCCCGAAUCGGUGACCGGCUCUCGAGCCUCGACACCCCCUCAAUGAUCGUCGAUCUCGACUUAAUGGAAUCCAACAUCCAGAAACUCUUCUCCGCCCUCCUUCCCACAGGCUUAAACAUCCGCCCGCACCUCAAAACCACCAAGUGCGCCGCCCUAGCAAAGAAGCUCGUCGCCGCGGGCGCCAAAGGCUGCUGUGUUGCGAAGGUCUCAGAAGCUGAAGCCAUUACGGCAGCCGGGUUCGACGAUAUCCUAAUAACGUGCGAGAUUAUCGGCGCGCCGAAGGUCCAGCGACUCGUUGAACUGGUUAGGAAACACCCCGGGCGACUGCGUACCGUGGUGGAUAGUGAAGUCGGGGCUACGGCUAUCGAUGAGGCAUUGGAGCAGGCGGGGAUAACAACGCCCUUGGCGGUGUUGAUCGAUCUGGAUGUUGGGUUGCACCGUACGGGCGUGGCUGAUGUGCAGGCGGCACUGGCCCUGGCGAGACACCUGGCUGGGCUGAAGCAUUUGAAGUUGAUCGGGGUGCAGGGGUAUGAGGGACACGUGCAACAUAUUCAUAGUUGGGAAGAGAGACGACAGGAAUGUUUGGCAUCGAUGAAGAUAUUGACCGAGACGGCAGAGACGCUGCGCAAGGAGGGCUUCCAGAUUGAUGUGGUCACUGGAGGUGGGACCGGGACAGUGGAGUUUUGUGCUUCUGUGCCUGGGGUCACGGAGUUGCAACCGGGGUCUUUUAUUUUCAUGGAUACGGAUUACCGGAAUGCGAUUGGGAGAGGCUUCUCGAACAGUCUGACGAUAUUGUCUACGGUCGUGAGUCGGCAGGGGGAGAGACAGGUUACGAUUGAUGCUGGGUUGAAGUCGUUGACUACGGAUAGUGGGUUGGCGGAGUGUAAGGAUUCCAGGUAUGCGCAUCAGAACUUGGGAGAUGAGCAUGGUGCGUUGAGUUGGACCGAGGGGACACCGGAUUUGAAGGUUGGGGAUAGGGUGGAGAUGGUCCCGAGUCACAUCGAUCCAACGAUCAAUUUGCAUGACUUUUAUUAUGCUCAUCGGGGUGGAGUCAUUGAGGAGAUCUGGUCCGUGGAUGCUAGAGGGAAGGUUCAAUAG